AUGUUAUUGAACCUGAUAUCAACGAUUGGAUGUGCAACUGGAAACAGUCAUCUAUAUAAGAAUGCUAACAGAAACUACAUCUUUCGAAAAACAAUUGAACUUAAAAAUCUAACAAAGAAACAGGAAACAACAAAUGUUGAAUUAAGCACCCUACAAGAAACCCAUGGAAAAAUAGUUCAAGAGGCGUUUGUGUUACAAGAGUCCAGCGAUUUGUUGAAAGAGAAAAUGGAAGGAUAUAAAGUAUGGGUAGAUAAACUUAACCUAAUGAAAGUGUUAUUGCAGUCAUUGAUUGCAAUAGAAAACACAGAAUUGUGUACAACCAUUUUAAAUAAUGCAUACGUGGAAACCAAGAAAAUAAUUGAGAAGAUACCUGGAUUUGAAUGUGUAUUUAAUCACGAUAAUUUGUUGUCAGUGGAAGCUCACUUUCAUUGUGUAUUGAACAGGGAUUUUACUAGAAUCAAAGAAGAAAAAUUGAUGUUAGAAAGUAAAUAUGAUGAAAUGGGUAAGCAACUGGAAGAGUACAAGGACAAACUGUUUCGUAAUGUAAGUAAAACCAGUAGGUUAAAAGAUGAACUCAAGUACUUUCAAAAGACAGAAAAAAGGAUACGUGAAGAACUUGGAAGCCAUCAGUAA